AAAGAGGGGUGGUCUCUAACAGGAAGAAUAAGAAAACGUUGGUCGACAGUCUCUUACUAAGAUGGCCGCAUUUUAAUCGCAGACUGAUUUUCUUUGUUGUUUGCCAAUUGCUGUGCAAAGGGCCUGGGAGUGUUCAAUAAAAUAACACGGUCUGUUUCGACCUAUAUUUCAUUGUUAAUACAAGAACAACUGUUAUCGUGAAGUAUAAUAAAUAUUUGAUUUUUACAAGAUGUUACGCCACCAACACCAUUCAAUGCCAAAUCAACUUAGAGAUCACAAUAGAAUGGGAGGACCAAUGCGCCCUAUGCAGCAGGCUAGUAUGGCCCCUUUACAUCAGCCGCAGCAUCCAAUACCGCAUCGGAAUCCACAUCAACAAAUACUGCCCAUGCCCCCCCAUCAACAACAUUUACAUCACAUGCAGCAUCAUGGACCACCACCGCAUGGAAAUCCACGACAACCAGUGUUGAUGAGUAUGAAUGCACACAAUUCCAACGUCUUUUAUCCAGGUACUAUGGUCAGCGUUAGUUUAAAGGAUCAAACAAACACAGUCUCCGUGACCCUUCAAAAUCCAAAUAUUCCACAAACGCAAUUUCAGCAACAGAGUAAUACGCAGCAUCAACAGCAACAACAACAACAACAACAGCAACAACAAAUCAUGGAACAAUCUAAAUCAUCUACGAACAAGGGUAGUAACGGAGAGACAAGGGAUCAUAGUCCAUCGCAACAAAAUCAUGCCAACGUGAAUAAUCCAGCUUUGGCAAACAUGAAAGAAAAAACACCAAUGUGCUUGUUAAAUGAAUUAGCAAGAUUUAAUAAAAUUCAACAUCAAUACAGACUGACCAAUGAAGAAGGACCGGCGCACAAAAAAAGAUUCACCGUAACGUUAAAACUUGGCGAAGAAGAGUACGUGGCGGAUGGACCUAGCAUAAAGAAAGCUCAACACAGCGCAGCUGCUGAAGCAUUAAGAAAAACGUGGUAUAGACAACCUCCGCUAAAACCUACUAAAGCAUUGAGAAUUGGUUAUCCCGGGAAGUGUUCACCUGGUUCAGGAAACGUACCAGCAACAGUAGAAUUAAAUGCAUUGGCAAUGAAAAGAGGAGAACCUACAGUUUAUACCUUCAGACAAGCACCGCCAGCAGGAUUGCAACCAUUAGUUACGUAUAGUUUUGCCAAUUAUCCGCGAUUAUUACAUUCCAGUUUACCUCCUAAUCAUGGAUACCAUGCUGAAACUACACCACCAAUGAUGUAUAUUGUUACGUUAAAGGUCGGCGAGCGAGAAUUUACUGGUCGAGGUGUGACAGGCCAAUUGGCACGACAUGACGCAGCGAAAAGAGCAUUGGAACAAUUACGUCAAUUACCUUUACCAGAAGAGGUAUCAACUAAUUGUACCAAUAGCAAUGGAACAUUAACCGGAAUUGAUGAUCCUAAUGCAGAUUUAAAAAGUCCUGUCUCCUUAGUUCACGAGACUGCAUUGAAACGUGGUCUAUCCGUUAGUUUCGAAGUUGUAUCAGAAAGUGGUAAACCUCAUAUUCGUGUAUUUGUAACUAAGUGUACCGUAGGAGAUAAAUCCACUGUCGGAGAAGGAUCUUCAAAAAAAGUUUCAAAAAAACGAGCAGCAGAAUUAAUGUUAGAAGAAUUAAAACGUCUUCCACCGCUACUGGUAAAUGUUCAAAAUCGAUUGUCGAACGUGAAACGUAAGCCUCCAGCUACGAAAAAAAAAUCGAGAAAUUUAAUAAAGGUUUAUCAAGAUCCACGGGCUGAAUCGGACGCCGUGGAUGAACUUAAUCCGGUUUCACGACUUGUUCAUAUUCAACAAGCCAAACGAGAAAGAGAACCUGUUUAUAAUCUUAUAGAAGAAAAGGGUGCUCCCCGACGUAGAGAAUUUAUAAUAGAAGUGACGACAGGAACAAAUUCAGCUUGCGGAUAUGGUCCUAAUAAAAAAUUAGCAAAAAGAGCGGCUGCAGAAGCUCUUUUAGCUAAGUUAGGUUAUAGCAAACCACAGCCACAACCAACUAAACCAUCAAUUAAAACUGGAGAAUCGGAAAAUACCGAAAGCAAACCAAGAAAAGUAACUUUCCUUGAAGAUGAUCAAGUUAAUGAAACUCAAAGUCAUCCUGUUGGAGGUACCAUCGGACGUCAAUUAGUGCCUGGCUUGUUAUUGGUUGACGGUGGUCAAGAAUCUAAAGUAGGUAAUGGACCUAGCGUUCAAGUGAUCGCUGAAGAAUUACGGGGACAACAACAAAAUUCCGGAAUAUCGCCGAAAGAUCAGUUAAAAUAUUUAGCCCAAUUAUUUAAUUUCAAUGUUGAAUUUAGUGACUUCCCUAAGGGUGGGUCAAUACACAAGGAAUAUUUAUCACUUGUAACAUUAAGCACGGAUCCACCACAAGUGUGUCAUGGUAAUGGUCCAACAGCGAACGCAAGUCGUAAUCAAGCAGCAUUAACAGCUUUACGCACGUUAAGUAAGUUAGGUCUUGAUAAUGCUUCUAAUUCACAAUCUAAAAAAGACAAAGGUGCGUCCGGAGAUGGAAUACAUAUUAGUAUUCAGGUCAAAAAUAAUAUUAUGGAUGGAAAUAUCGAUAAAUAAUUAUCAUCUGCUAUUUAAAAAUUCAAUAUGUAGGAUUGAUUAUAUUAUUAUUGCUUUGAGGCACUGUACAAGGAACAACUAAUAUUCUAACUUCUUUGUUUUUAAUUAUACAGGCUAAUUCAGCAGUUCUUGUCAUCUAAAUAGCUCCAAAAGUGGUAAAAAGAAAACAAGAAAAUUGUAUGAAAAAAUUCACGACUACAACAUGACAUUAGUGUUUUUUUGUUAGGUUUCUAGGUUCAGUCAAUUUUGUUUUUUUAAAUACAAUUUUUCAUACUUUUGGAGCUAUUUAGGUGGCAAGAGGUGCUGAAUAAUCCAUCCUGUAUUAUAAUUAUUGUGUUCUUUUUUUUUUUCAAAAAGACAAGAUCUGUCUGGAAUCUUUUCGACUGUUAAAAAGUAAUUUUGAUCACUAUUGUACGAUAAUAUACAUGUAA